AUGGAUACAACUCCUAUUUAUAAAACAUCUAAUAAAAUACCCAUUGCCAUUCCAUAUCCAUCGACAACAAGAGUUGAAACAUUGACAACAACAGACGAAGAAGAAAAUGAUUUUAUUUCUCGAAAUCAGUUUCGCUUAGCAUUUGUGUUCAGCGGUUUGUGGCUUUCAUACUGCUGGUGGCUUUCCGAACGCUAUCGAUUCGAUUUCGGUCAAUACACCAUCGCGAUUCGACUUCUUUUCUGUGUUUUACAUGUAUUAACUGUGUGGAAAAUCUUUCAAUAUAUGAUGCGGAUUGCGUUUCGUCUUCAUCGAUUGACGCGACGAUUGCGCGCGAGUUUGCCCCAGCAUUUGAUGAUGAUUGGCUUGUCAUUAUUUUUAUUUGGAUUAUUAACAUUUGUUCUUAAUUUCAAACAAUUCUUACGAGAAGCUUUUGCGAUUGUUGAUUAA